UGGUCACCCGAUCACGCCCGUUAUAAAAGCGAGCGACGAGGGUGAAUACCUUGCCACAUUCGACAUGAAGGCGCAGCAGCAAUUGGCAUCCGCACUGCUAGCCAUAUUUACCUGUGUCCAAGGCCAACAGUACGUCCCAUAUGGCCCGGGACUCAAUGGAAUUCAAACAGGUCAAGUUCCCGCUGCAAAUAUUAUCAGAGCGCCGCCAUUGCCAAAUGCGCCAGUUAGCUCAGGCCCAGCGGUCAACCUGAACCUUCCUAUUGGGCGCUCUUACAAAGCACCCGAAGGCGCAUAUGGCAUCGGUUCCGUGGUACAAAAUGGGCGCCUUUCCUUUCCCCCCGGAGCCACAGUGGCUGCAAAUGGUAAUGGAAGGCUCACCGAUGCGCUCGGUCUCGGAAGCCUUUACAUCGAAAGAGGAGUCAACGGUGGUUCUCUGACAUCCCCCGGUCGCCUUGUUCGCAUACAGAAACGAUCUGUUGAUCAAAGUCGUGACCUGCGUCAUCACUACGAGGAAGAUCUGAGAACGGCCGUGACAGAGCUUGCCGGAGCAGGUGUCUUGCCCAGGCACACCAAGCACGAUGAGUACGAUCGUGUAAGUCUGUACAGGCUCGCAAAGGAAGCAAUCAAGAAGAAUCCGCGCAAAGGUGUCUCAUUUAAGAAACCCGAGGGGGAAUAUGGUGUCGGCUCUGUUUUUGAUACCAUGAAUCCACGUUUUAGUAAGGACACCGAGAAGCACAAGAAAUUAGAAGCCAUGGUCAGUCAAAAGUACCCUGUCCGUGAGGAUGCACCAAACUCGCCAGAAGAAGCCGUGGGAGCUCUUGCGGAUCACCCUAAAGCGGUAUCCUACAAGAAGCCUGAGGGUGAAUACGGCAUUGCUUCAUUGUUUGAUAGAACUACUUUGUUCAACCCGUUCUUCCAUAGGCGCCACAGGAGACAGGCUGUUGGCUCCGGGUCAGUCACUGCCGUUCUUGUCGACUUUGACAAAGACACUGACUCACCGGCACAUCCACCCUCAGCUCCGACAAGUAGUUUUGCUCCCGUCGUCGGAUUCACUGUUCAGGAGCCCGAAGGUGGUACUCCAAGCAAGCACAUCCUCAAAAACGUUAUUUUCAGGAAGCGCCCAGGAAGCUUCAAGACGGGACUUUCACCGGACUCACCGCCAACCAAGCAUGUGCUGAGAAUUCCAGACAGUAUUAAACUACCGCCGCUUGGUGGCAUACCCGAAAACACUGGUGAGGAGUCGCCUGACAUCCAGACCGUCGCUUCUCAAGGGAGCGCUCGGCCGAAGCCGAUAGUGUCCCGAAAGACCACCUCCACGGCGACUAUCGAGUUCCGACCGACCUUCCCUGUGGAGCACAUCAAGCCGGCCCUUCCUCCUCUGCCAAGACCAUCAGCUCGCCAUCACUCGAAGGCUUCGCACUCGCACACUGACGCCAGCGCCCUCAAGAAGGCGCCUGCUAAAUCGACAACAGAAUCGCACAAGUUGGCUACAUCACCUCUGGUUGCUGUGCCACCGGGACAAGUGGUUUACAACCGACAGCUCUCAGCGUCUGUGCCCGUGCAGCCGGUGCGAAAUGUUGGACUUCAAUCCAGACCUCCCGCCGUUCCCACCCAGACUUCAAGACCGACGCCAACGGUGCAACGAGUGUUCUCGCCGCCCCAGCUUCAAGCCACGGCGCAGCCUAGCGCACAAGUACAUCCGCAGCUUCAGGCGCAGCACAGCGUAGUCGCCGCAGCACCAGCAGCCACUCCCCAAUCAACACUGCAGGUGCAGCCGGCGGUGGUCGCCGCUCCACCUCCUACCGCUCCUCAGCUUCAGGCUGUCGCAGCUUCCCCUUACCCGGGAGCGUUGUACCAGCAGUACACACCCUUGGACCCAACCACGUACCAGGUGGCGCAGCCGGGGCAGUACCAAACCUUCCACCAUUCGCCCUACGCGCUACCUUAUGCUGCUAUCGUCGCGGAUCCUUACAACCAAGCCAGGAUAGUGCGGUCAACUGCAGGAAGGCUGAGGCAACAGGCUUCACCUUUUGACUCAUCUUCGAUCUACUACUUGACUAAAAGGAUUAUCCAGGGAGUCCACUCGUGAACGACGUUCUGAUCUCGAUCCAUAGCAUCAUCAACUGUAAAAAUUCAUCGAAGCACUCAUCCACAAAAACAAAGAAUCACCUACUCCUCGUCUCAAGCAGUUCGCUAAGGCAGAAUGACGUGAAAGUUCAUUUUUAUCUCUCACAAUUCUCACUUCUGAUCUUUAUCCAUUUAGAAAACUGAAUAAAUUAUUGUUAAUGUA